UGUGUUCAUCUCUUUUCUGAGCGGGGCCGAGCACAUCGAUCGGUCGUGUCGUGCUCUUUCCGGCCAGUCCGCGGCGGCCUCGCUGACAGCGUGUCGCCAGUGCGCGUGUGUACACUGCUGUGCUGUCCCGGCUAUCGAUCCGUCAGUGAAGCCGCAUUGCUGUACAUUCCGGAGGCGGUGCCUCGCCUAGUUUUCGUCGAUCGUCGGCGUGGCGGGCGCGUGUCGGCGUCGGCGGCGGCCCCGGGCGGCCCUGCGCAGUAGCGACCAAGUGUAGCGCGGGAGCGACCGACCUUCCUUCCGCCAAAACCGGCUCGCUGUCCGCGGCGGACGGCUGUGAUGUAGCCGCGGCCGGCGCGAGCGGCCUUCGGACAAAGGACCCGCUACUCGGUUAUUCGCGAUGAAGAAGUUCACGUUCAAGGGGGUGCUCGACGGGUUCCGCAGCUCGGUGCAGGCGGCUCCGCGAGGCACCGAGCAGGAGAUCCAGGAGACUCUGCGCCCCGACCACUUCCAAAUCAAAAAGACAUUUCGGCACGGGUUCCCGUUCUCGCCAACAGCACUAGCAUGGGAUCCCAUACAGAAGCUGCUCGCCAUAGGCGACAAAGGCGGCAACCUCAGAAUGUAUCCUUUUCACAACACAUAACCU